AUGCCACAACCUGUCAAGCAAGAAGAGCAUGAAGACUCGCGCAAUCACCUCGCCAUGCUACCUGAGGCCCCGCGUAGUACAGCACGUCAACGCAAACCCCAAAAGAUCAAGCAAGAGCCAAACGCACCACCCAUCAAGAAGAUCACCAAAAAGCUCAACAGACAAAUCGCCCACGUCCGCCACCAACUCGCCGUCGAAAAAACCCGCCACUCCACCCUCACCGAAUACACCACAAAAGCCGUACAAGACGCGUCCGCCGCCUCGACCAAAGCCGCCGAACACACAAAAGCCUUGACGACCCGGGUAGACAGGCUGAGGCAUGAGCUCAGCCAAGCCCACCACGAGUUGAGUGUGGUAAAGCGGGAUUACAAGAUGUUGCAACAAGUGGCGGAGGGAUUGAAGCGCGAUCUUAGGGCUGAGAAGAGGAGCGCCGAGGAGAAUGAGAUGCGUGAGGAGAGGGUUGAGGGCGUGAUGCUGGAGUUGGAGGAGGAGAGGCAGAGGUGCGAGAUUUUGGAGAAGAGACUCAGGGAGGAGAGGGCUAAGAGGAGGGAGGAUAGGCUGGCGCUGGAGAAGGGUGGGUGA